AUGAUUAAAACGAAUGCCACCAAGUUGGGGCUGCCCAAGGUGGGACUCCAGGAGCGGGCUAAGCAGGCCUCUUUACCUCCUUCUUCUUCAACCACCGCCACAGCAAUGAGGACUUCCAGAUCAUCCUACACGCUGGCAUCAGACCAGCGACUCAGCAGGCUUAAACGAGCCAAUAGUGAUGAUGCUCUGACAAAGCCUGCACUGGGAGCGGCUGCCUCUGGCUUGCGCAUGAAGAAAACUGUGACCACGGGAGCCAUCUCGGAUCUUGCUGAGACACGCCCACGUAGUCUAGCAAGUUCUCAAGCAACGAAGAAGUCUGGUAUCCCGGCCCCGAGGGAAAUCCCGUCCUCAAUAACAAGGGACCGAAUUUCCUUGAGAGACCAGUUUAGGAGCUCUACCUCUAAGAGGAUUGUUUCCAGUGCCAGCACCUCCAGCCUCUCUACCCUGGCAAAGCAAACGCGUAGUUCAACAAAAUGCCGUGGAGAAGUAGAAGGCCAGGAAAGGGGCCUUCUGGAAUGUCAGGUUAAAGAGCUGUUGGCUGAAGCCAAAGCUAAAGACUUGGAGAUUAGUAAUCUCCGUGGGGAGCUGCAACGCUGCAAAGGUAAAGCUUCCACUUCUUCACCAUUGCCGUCACCUGUCUCCGUAUCGCCUCAAGAUUUGGUUUCAGAACAGGACAAAAAGCUCACAGAGGCUUGUGUACUGGUUCAAGAGCUGAGGGAAAAGAAUGCAAAAUUUCAAAGAGAGCUAGCAAACCUCAGAGAGGAAAACCAAGAGCUAAAGAGAAGACUUCUCGGUUUUGAGAACUUAUCAAUAUCUGGUAGCCCUCCAAAACGUCAGAAUGGCCUACCGUCGGAGUCCAGUCCGAGUGCCAGUCUUGUCAAAGCAUCUAUCUCCCUCAGCUCCGUCAAAGACUCACCUUCACCCGACUCGUCAGAGUUUGAGAAGAUCCCACGUUCGGAAUCUAUUAGCAGCAACGUCAGUAGUGAAGCAACUGCAGCUGGGCAUGAUGCGUCUGUACGGAGCUUGACCGAACAGAUACACAAGAUGGAAGAAAACCACCACAGCACUGCAGAGGAGCUGCAGGCUACCCUACAGGAGCUCGCUGACCAGCAGCAAGUCGUGCAAGAACUGACAGCUGAGAAUGAGCGUCUGUCAGAGGAGAAGCGCCUCCUGCAGACCUCACUCCAGCAGCAAAGAGAACGUUUUGAGCUCCUCUCCCAGAAGAAUGAGGCGCUAUCGAGUCGACUUCAGGAGCAGGCCCAAAGGGAGGAUGAGAUCCGUAGCCAAGGUCCUCGAUUCCUCGAACUAGAGCAGAGGUACGCCGAGCUGGUGGAGAGCUCACGCUUUGAACGGGAGAAACUGGUGAACAUCCAGCAGCAGUUAACCAGCAGCCUACGAGCUCUUGAGGAGGAACACCAGGAGGCGCAAGGUCAGGUGCAUGGCCUUCGAGAAGAGAUGGAGAGGCUGCGUGCCCAACUCAACCGAGAGCUGGAAGCCAGAGGUGAUGCCGCGCAAUCUGCGGAAGAGCAGAGAGCGACGGUUGACUCUCUCAGAGUGGAAAACAGUCGGCUGAAGGCACAGGUGGACAUCGAGAGGCAAAAGGUGAGUGAGCUGAAGGUCGUGCAGAGUGCCAGUGAUAGCACUGAGCUGCAGAGGCUACUCAAGAUGGCUCACACUGAGAGAGACCGACUGGAGCACGAGCUGACAGAACUGAGGCGGGACCUGCUACGGGCCCAAGAUGAGACUGAACACGUACAAGCUAGCAUAUCCAAGGUGGAGGCCAAAGGCCAGCAGGUCCAAGAAAGAGCGGAGAUGAGGGAAGAGGAGCUCACAAAGCGGGUGAGUGCCUUGGAAGAGGCAGGCAUCUUGGCUGAGAAACAAGUGAAGGAAAUGAAGGAGACAAUCUUUGAAUUGGAAGACCAAGUGGAGCAGCAGCGAGCCGUCAACCUCCACACCAAUCAAACAGUCCUCGACCUAGAAAAUCUCGUGAAAAAGCUAGAGGAGCAGAAAUUUGAAGCAGAACGACAGCUGAAAGCUUUCAGCAGACAAAUGAAGGAGGAAAAAGAUGAGUGGCGUCGGUUCCAGGCCGAUCUCCAGACAGCGGUGGUGGUUGCUAAUGAUAUCAAAGUGGAGGCUCAACAGGAGUUACGGACACUCCGAAGGCAGCUGCAGGAGGAGCAGGAUCGCAGUGCCAAGCUUUCUUUAGAUCUGGAGGCCUUGCAAGGUGUCAGGUCUCAAAGUGAUGAUUUAAAACGGUCCACUCAUGAAAGCAGCCUUAAGUGGUGCGGUGUGAUCACGAAUACCCCUAAUGACACCAAUGACGAUGCCAACAAGGAGGCUGGAGCUACCGUCAAAUCCCUCAUUAAAUCAUCUGACACUGUUGGACAAAAUGGAUCAGGCCUCACAGUUCAAAUCCACAGCUCACCGAGAAGUCCGCUGAGUGGAAUUCCUACGCGUACCGCACCUGCUGCAGCAGUCUCACCAAUCCAGAGGCAGUCGUACAUAAAGCCCCUGUCAAAGUUGUUGGAAAAAAGAAUCAGUCAUGGAGACUUUGCUCAUCCUCACGGUACGUUUUCAGGUUGUGGUGAAGACACAAAACCCAACAUUCUGAUUAGGAAGAGUCCAUCACUGGAGUCUAUUUUUAAAAGCCCAGUUUCCCUGAGAAGCCGCACAUUUAGCUGCAACCAUGGUUUGUGUUCCCCUCGCGACGGUGUGGAAAGUACGGACCCCUUGGCUGCACUCGCGCGGGAGUAUGGGGGAUCUAAGAGGAACGCUCUACUGAAGUGGUGCCAGAAGAAAACACAAGGCUAUCCGAACAUUGACGUGACCAACUUCAGCAGCAGUUGGAGUGACGGCUUGGCAUUUUGCGCUCUGCUGCACACGUAUUUGCCCGCGCACAUCCCUUACCAGGAACUCAUCAGUCAAGAUAAGAUCCGGAAUCUGACUCUGGCUUUUCAGGCAGCUGAGAGCAUCGGCAUUAAACCUUCCCUGAACAUCGAGGAGCUGGUGAAGACUGACAGGCCCGACUGGCAAAGUGUCAUGCAGUACGUCUCUCAGAUCUACAAGCACUUCGAGACCUGA